GAGUGAAAUAACUGGAAUUUCUCUGUUCUUUUUGUUUUACACAAAUACACCAGAAACUCAAGAAAUCGGGUCUUAAAAAUCUGAGCAAAGCUGGAUCCGGAACGUCGUCUCACAAACAACCAAGCAAUGUGAUGAAUAAAACACAGAGGUGGUGAUCUGGUGGCAGGUAAAAGAAAGAGUAAACAUUACCAAAUGAGGAGAAAAGGAAGAUGCCAUCGAGUAUCGGCAGCAAGGCAUUCUUCUUCCCCAUGCAGUAUUAAGCACUCCCCGACACGAGAAACCUUGACAUAUGCUCAAGCUCAAAGGAUGGUUGAAAUAGAAAUUGAAGGUCGACUGCAUAGGAUCAGUAUCUUUGAUCCUUUAGAAAUUAUAUUAGAAGAUGAUCUUACUGCCCAGGAAAUGAGUGAAUGCAACAGCAAUAAAGAAAAUAGUGAAAGACCACCAGUUUGUCUAAGAAGCAAACGGCAUAAAAACAACAAAGUGAAAAAGAAAAAUGAAGUUCUUCCAAGCUCACAUGGUAUACCUGCUACAACAGCUCCUCUUCCAGAACCAAAAGUACGGAUUGUUGAAUACAGUCCCCCUUCAGCUCCUCGGAGACCUCCAAUUUAUUACAAAUUCAUUGAGAAGUCAGCAGAAGAACUUGAUAACGAAGUUGAGUAUGACAUGGAUGAGGAAGAUUAUGCAUGGUUAGAAUUGAUCAAUGAUAAGCGGAAGAGUGAUGGAGUGUCAGUUGUUUCCCAAAAUAUGUUUGAAUUCCUUAUGGAUAGAUUUGAAAAAGAGUCUUAUUGUGAGAACCAAAAACAGGGUGAUCAUCAGUCUUUAAUUGAUGAAGAUGCAGUGUGUUGUAUAUGCAUGGAUGGUGAAUGUCAGAACAGCAAUGUGAUCCUGUUUUGUGAUAUGUGUAAUUUAGCAGUACAUCAGGAAUGCUAUGGGGUGCCAUAUAUACCUGAGGGCCAGUGGCUCUGCAGACACUGUUUGCAGUCCCGCUCUCGGCCUGUAGACUGUGUGCUGUGCCCAAACAAGGGAGGUGCCUUUAAAAAGACAGAUGAUGAUCGUUGGGGACACGUGGUGUGUGCUCUGUGGAUUCCAGAAGUUGGAUUUGCCAAUACGGUUUUUAUUGAGCCAAUUGAUGGUGUCAGGAACAUUCCCCCAGCCAGAUGGAAGUUAACAUGCUACCUCUGUAAACAGAAAGGUGUUGGUGCCUGCAUCCAGUGCCACAAAGCAAACUGCUAUACUGCAUUCCAUGUGACGUGUGCUCAAAAGGCUGGUCUGUAUAUGAAAAUGGAACCUGUGAAAGAACUAACUGGCAGUGGAACAACGUUCUCUGUGAAAAAGACUGCCUAUUGCGAUGUACAUACUCCACCAGGUUGCACACGGAGACCGCUCAAUAUUUAUGGAGAAGCCGAAAUCAAAAACGGUGUUUGUAGAAAGGAGGGAUCAGUGAGAACUGCUAGGUCUACAUCAAAAAUCAGGAAAAAGACAAAAAAAGCCAAGAAAACAGUGGUUGAACCCUGUACAGUUAUGCCAACAGUAUCUGCUCCUUAUAUUCCCCCCCAGAGAUUAAAUAAGAUUAUGAAUCAGGUGGCCAUUCAGCGAAAGAAGCAUUUUGUUGAACGAGUGCACAGUUACUGGUUGCUUAAAAGACUGUCUAGGAAUGGUGUUCCACUCUUGAGAAGGCUGCAAUCCAGUUUACAGUCACAAAGAAACACACAACAGAGAGAAGAUGAUGAAGAAAUGCAAGCCUUAAAAGAAAAAUUGAAGUACUGGCAAAGGCUGCGCCAUGAUCUUGAAAGAGCACGUUUAUUGAUAGAACUCAUACGUAAGCGUGAAAAAUUAAAAAGAGAACAGGUCAAGCUUGAGCAGGUUACUAUGGAACUUCAGCUUAUUCCAUUCACUGUACUUCUGCGGUCGGUUCUGGAUCAGCUGCAGGAAAAGGAUUCUGCUCGUAUAUUUGCUCAGCCAGUGAACCUUAAAGAGGUUCCAGACUAUUUGGAUCAUAUUAAACAUCCUAUGGAUUUCUCUACCAUGCGGAAACGGUUAGAAGCUCAAGGCUAUAAAAACCUCACUGAGUUUGAAGAAGACUUCAAUCUGAUCAUAGAUAACUGUAUGAAAUACAAUGCAAAAGAUACAAUAUUUUAUAGAGCUGCAGUGCGGUUAAGAGAUCAAGGAGGUGUAGUUCUCAGGCAAGCCAGGCGAGAUGCUGAAGGAAUUGGUUAUAACAAUGAAACUGGAAUGCACUUACCAGAACGGCCUAAACUUGAGUCACCCCAGCCUUUCUCUUGGGAAGAUGUGGAUAGGUUACUGAAUCCUGCAAACAGAGCACAUAUGUCCUUGGAAGAACAGCUGAGAGAGCUGCUAGAAAAACUUGAUCUCACCUGUGCAAUGAAAUCCAGUGGGUCAAGGAGCAAAAGAGCAAAGCUGUUAAAGAAAGAAAUCAGCAUUAUUCGCAACAAACUCAGUCAGCAACACAACCAAGCUCCUCAAAUAGAGUCAGGUAUUGGAAGUUUCGAGGAAGAAAGUGCAGCAUUAGAACAAGAUGGAGAAGAAGAAGGAGAUAAAUCUCCCCCUAAACUUGAACCAUCAGAUGCAUUACCUCUUCCUUCAAACUUGGAGACUAAUUCAGAACCACCAACCCUCAAACCAGUAGAACUCAAUCCAGAGCAGAGUAAGCUUUACAAAAGAGUAAAAUUUGAUAAUGAAUUAUAUAGCACUUCCAUUCAGAAAGAAAUAAAUGGACACACUCCAGAACACUUACUUGACAGUAAUCUCAAUGAGUCGACUGUUUCUGCUGUAGCUGAGUCAUCAACUGAUGUAAACAGACGUACAUCCAUUCUCUUCUGCAAAUCGAAAAGUAUAAGCCCCCAAAAGUCUGCAAAGAACACUGAAACCCAGCCAACUUCUCCACAGCUAGGGACCAAAACCUUUUUGUCUGUAGUCCUUCCAAGGUUGGAGACACUUCUGCACCCAAGGAAAAGAUCAAGGAGUGCAUGUGGAGAUUCUGAGGUUGAUGAUGAGUCCCCUGUAAAGCGCUUGGAUACAGGUCUAUCAAAUGGUUUUGGAGAUGAAAGUAAAGAGAGAGCAUUAGAUGAUACUCCAGGAAGAAAAGUUGAACCUCGUCGCCGCUGUGCAUCAGAAUCUAGUAUUUCAUCUAGUAACAGUCUCUUGUGUAACUCAAGUUUUAGUCUCCCGAAGUGUGGUAAAGGUAAACCUGCCCUGAUACGGAGACACACACUGGAAGAUCGAAGUGAACUGAUAUCAUGCAUUGAAAAUGGAAACUAUGCCAAAGCAGCAAGAAUUGCAGCUGAAGUUGGGCAUAGCAGUAUGUGGAUUUCAACUGAUGCUGCAACAUCUGUUCUUGAGCCUCUAAAAGUAGUAUGGGCCAAAUGCAGUGGAUAUCCCUCUUACCCAGCUCUGAUUAUUGACCCUAAGAUGCCUCGUGUUGCUGGCCAUCACAAUGGUGUUACUAUACCAGUGCCACCUCUAGAUGUACUGAAAAUUGGAGAACAAAUGCAGACCAAAUCAGAUGAGAAACUAUUCUUAGUACUAUUUUUUGACAACAAAAGAAGUUGGCAGUGGCUUCCCAAAUCCAAAAUGGUUCCCCUUGGGAUAGAUGAGACCAUAGACAAGUUAAAAAUGAUGGAAGGACGUAACUCGAGCAUACGGAAAGCAGUAAGAAUUGCUUUUGAUCGUGCUAUGAAUCACCUGAGUCGAGUCCAUGGAGAACCAGUCAGUGACUUCAGUGAUAUUGACUAACACAGAUUCUCUAGCAAGGCAUGAAAAAUACCACAGAGACUUGAACUCUACUAAUGAACCUCUUUGUCUAAAAGAAUGUAUUGAAGAUACAACCCCUUAAUUGUUGAUUCAGUGGCUGAGUUCUGCAAACUUGAAAUAGUUGAGCAAUUCUUCUAAAUCACCAUUGCCAUAUUGAUUAAUUAUUUUAUUGUGUUGUAGAUUGGAGGAUUUUCCACUAAACCUGUUAAAAUGUCUUGUUCAUAGUGUUCAUAAUUGUACAUAAAUGUAUAUUCAACACUUAACUUAUUCUGAUUUUAGAAGUAGCUCCUUAAUUCCUUUUAUAAUUUUGUUGGGGAGGGAAUUGGUUUUUGUUUUUUCCAUGCUUUUUACUUUUUUAUUUCUUUCUUUCUGAGGUUAAGUUACCUAAGCACCAUCUUCCAGCUUGAGGUGUUUAGUGGAUUUUAAAGCCUAAUAUCAAAAUGGCAUCAAAUAUAUGUUUGCCUAAAUCAUAUACAGUAUGGUGCUGCUUGUAUCAUUUCUUCCUUGGUCUGUAGCUUCUGAAAAAGACUUCUGAAUGUUUGUGUAAAUUGUUGCUCUUUGCACAAAGUACCACAUAUUUAAGAUUGAUGUAAAUUUUCAAUUACAAAUAUGUAUUUUAAGAAAGGAAGUUGCAUUAUUUUGGAGGGUACUUUGUGAAAAAGACAUCAAUAAAAAUUAUACUAUGUACAUCACUUGCAAAUCACCAAAAACACUCCAUUAUUGCCCAAAAUGACUUAAGGUUGUUACUGUUUUAAACAAACCUGGCUUAAAGCCUGCAAGCACAUUAUUUCUUUCAAAACCAUAUCCCAUAUAUCUCCCAUUGGUUUAAUUUUGUUGAUAUGUGUGCCUCCCUGUGUUUUAUUUAUUGUAGAAAAUGUAUUAAUUUGCUUUAUAAUGAAAAAUAAAAUUGACAAAUAUAUUGAUAUGCAUUUUUAUACAGGCACAUGAGAAGACAACUUGGUUUGGGAGAAAAAUGUAUUGGAAAUUGUAUAAAAUAACUCGAUGGUUUGUGUGUAAUUUGGUUUUUUGGUAACUUGUAAUCUUUUGUUUCCAAUGAGGGGAUUUAUGUAACUUUUAAUUUAGAACACUUUGGUAGCAAUAGAAACUUUGGAUACAUUUUUGUAUGGUACAUGUGAUGUAUAUAGAAUUAGUACUUUAUUUUUAUUUUUAAGAAGUAAAGCAUUAUGUUUGGGCAGGGGGAAGAAGGAGGGUGGGUUUCCAGAACUGCAUUUUUAUAUUAAAAAGAAAAAAAAUAAAGUCAAGAUAUUGAUUGUUGUAGCUACUUUAUUCCUACCUUCACUGAGAUACUGAAUUUGUAACAAUGAAAAUGGCAAGGUAUGUUUGCAAUGUGAUUUAUAAUGGCUCCAUUAUUUAUAAAUGCACUGUGUUUGAACUCUUUUGCAGUGAUAUCGUAAAUACUGUACCAAGUUAUAUAAUAUGAAACACCAAAUAAUGCAUAUGAAUGCACGAAGUAUUUAUGCCCAGCUUUUUUAUAAAGGAUUAGCAAAUACAGCAAAACCAAUACUUUUUAAAUCUUUUUUUUAAAACUUCAUUGAAUAGCAUACUUCAUUGUUAAACCUGCUUGAAUCUUUAUUUUAAAGGGACAAUUACUUUUUAAAUAGUUUUUAAUGUUUUUAUUCUCUAUUGUUUGUAAUACCCCCGUAGAAGCUUGAAAUAAAAUUUCUUUCUCAACUGUAAA